AUCAUCCUGCUGCUCCAGACUCGAUGUACCUCUCAUUGGGCAUGGACCUAUGACGCGUUGUAGACAUCUUGUCCUUGACGUAGGUAUAAGACCUCUCCAGAGGUCAACAGUGGGAUUCGAACGACGCACGACAAAGCCUCCACGCAUCGACAAACAUGUCGCGCAGCUAUGAUCGUGCUCUGACAGUCUUCUCGCCCGAUGGGCACCUAUUCCAAGUCGACUAUGCAAAUGAAGCCGUGCGCAAGGGUACGUGCGCAUUGGGCGUCAAGGGUAAAGAUGUUGUCGUGCUGGGCGUAGAGAAGAAGAGCGUUCUGCAGCUUCAAGAUGCAAGAACAAUUCGCAAAACGGCCAUGCUGGACGAUCACAUCUGCCUUGCGUUCGCUGGACUCAACGCGGAUGCGCGGAUUUUGAUUGACAAGGCGCGAGUGGAGUGUCAGUCUCAUCGCCUGACGGUUGAAGACCCAGUGACCGUCGACUACAUCACGAGGCACAUCGGCAGCAUCAAGCAGCGCUACACCCAAUCAGGUGGUGUGCGACCUUUCGGUAUCUCGACGCUCAUCAUCGGCUUUGAUGCGAACGAGGCAACGCCAAAGCUGUAUCAGACCGAGCCGAGCGGCAUCUACUAUGCGUGGAAGGCUUGUGCUAUCGGCCGAUCCGCGAAGACCGUGCGGGAGUUCCUUGAGAAGAAUUACAAGGACGGGAUGAACAAAGACGACACGAUCAAGCUUGCUAUCAAAUCUUUGCUCGAGGUAGUGCAGACUGGGGCAAAAAACAUUGAAAUUGCUAUCAUGGAGGGCCACGGGCAAGUACGCAACCUAGAACUCUCAGAAAUUGAAGCGGUCGUCAAAGAAAUUGAGACGGAGAAGGAAGCAGAAGCUGAGCGCAGGCGGAAUAGGCUAGCCGCGACCGCCGGCGCACAGGCAAGCAUGGCUGGCGUUGGGGCAUGAGCCGACAAACCAAGCUAAAGUAGGGCGAUCGCAACCAGAUGUAACUUCACAGAGCAGGUACUAUUUUGCAAACAG